UCGAACAGGCAAAUAAGCGCAUGCACUUGGAAUCGUCCUAUUUCCAAGUGCAGGAUCCCCGUUUACGUUCCCGUGCUGCUCGAGCAGAGCGAGCUCGCGCACACGGCCCCUCCUCCAAGUGGCACUGGAUCCUCGACUGCGGUACAGCGCCUGAGCCACACACACGCUGCCGCUCGGACGGAGUUGCGCACGAUUUUAAGCACCAAGCGGAACCAUCUCGAGCUUGUCCGUCUUUUCUUUUCCGUUCACCAUCGGUGUAGGCGCGCGGCAACACUGCGGAUUUCAUGCGCGGUUGAACUUUGUUUCUCGCGGGUCACUAUGACGCAGAGCCAUGGCAAAGCGGGGUAGACCCUUGGGGAGAACGCUGGAGGACCUGACGCUUGACUCGGGCUACGGAGGAGCGGCCGAUUCUUUCCGGUCCUCGAACUUGUCCCUGUGCUGUUCUGAGACGCUCGCACCCCACGCGCAUGGAGGCGACUGCUGGCAUUUAACCGACUCCAUGCGCAGCCGACACAACAGCUUGGACACUGUCAACACCGUGCUGGCCGGAGACGGCGCGACCCUGGAUUGCGCCGGACACUGUGCGAAACUUCCCGAGCUUGAGGAUGUACCCUGGAGUCUCGGGGAAGUGGAAAAUGCGCUGAACAAGGAGGACGAGCUGCGAUUCGGGACCCUGAACGCUGACCUCCUGGCCGGGCUCUCCGCGAUGCUUAGCCGCGCGCUUGUGAGGAUCGCGCUGGAGACGCAAAGGCUGAGUUUGCGCUACGCCCGAUGCACCAAAUACGAAAUUCAAAGUGCCAUCAAGAUUAUUCUGUCAUGGACGAUCUCGUUCAACUGCAUCAGUGCGGCGCUCAGUGCGCUGUCCAUGUACAGCAUGAGUACGGAGGACAAAUUCAGCCGGUGCAAAGCCAGGCGAUGCGGGCUCGCUUUCUCCGUCGGCAAGUUUUUCCGCUGGAUGGUCGAGAGCAAUAUCGCGGUCAGGAUUCACGAGCACGCCGCCAUCUACCUGACCGCGUGCAUGGAGAGUCUUUUCCGUGAGGUGUUGACCCGGGUGCUGAGGAACGCUCUGGUGGAGAAGGAUAACGGCACACCAAAGAUUACUGUCGAGUCUUUGGAGCAAGCUGUUAACGGCGACUCCGAGCUCUACGGUCUCCUCCAGGCCCACCAGCAUGUUCUCUGUGGGAAAGGCGCCGCUGGGAUCCUCUGUCUGCCAGACAGCUUGAGUCUCCACAGGGACCAGCAGCGACUAGGGAAGCUGGGUGAUGGCCAGGCCUACAGUGAAAUGGAGCUCCGCACCCUAGAGCAGUGUCUGCUGGCCACCCGGGUGGGAAGCAUCGCUGAGCUCAGUGACAUGGUGUCCAGAGCCAUGCAUCACCUGCAACCGCUCAGCGUCCAGAACCAGAGCAACGGGACGCCCGUCCACCAGAAGCCCAGCCUGCUGCACUGGGAGCCUGAGGCACUGUACACUCUCUGCUACUUCAUGCACUGCCCUCAGAUGGACUGGGAGAAUCCCAGCCCAGAGCCCCCCAAAGUCUCCCUGCACAUGGAAAGGCCGUAUGCUGUACUGCCGCCCAUCAUGGAGUGGAUCAGAGUGGCUGUGGCACAUGCCGAGCACAGACGCAGCUCCUCCAUCGACAGCGAUGACGUCCGACAGGCAGCCAGGGUCCUGAUGCCUGGGGUGGACUGCGAACCUCGACAGCUGAAGACGGACGAUUGUUUCUGCGUGUCGCGGAAGCUGGACGCCGCAACCACUGAGGCCAAGUUCCUGCAGGAUCUGGGCUUCCGUAUGCUGAACUGUGGACGCACAGACCUGGUCAAACAGGCCAUCAGUCUGCUUGGCCCUGAUGGCAUCGACAGCAAGAGCGAUCAGGGUAUGACCCCUCUGAUGUAUGCGUGUGCGCGGGGGGAUGAAGCCAUGGUGCAGAUGCUGCUGGAUGCAGGAGCUGAUGUCAACAGUGAGGUACCCAGCUCAGUGCACCAGCACCCCUCAGUGUACCCAGAGAACAGGCAGGCUACUGCUCUGUCCUUCGCUGUGCUGCACCAACAUGUACCCAUCGUGCAGUUGUUGUUGGACGCUGGGGCCAAUGUGCAGGGCUCUCUACAGGAUGACAUGGACAGCUUCACAGAGACUCCCCUGCAGUUGGCUGCUGCUGCAGGGAACCUUGAGAUAGUCAGCUUGCUGAUGGAGAGGGCCGCAGAUCCCAUGGUGGGAACCAUGUACCGCAAUGGGAUAUCCACCACGCCACACGGGGAGAUGAACUCCUUCAGCCUGGCAGCAGCUCACGGACACAGGAAUGUGUUUCGGCGGUUGCUGGCGCAGCCUGACAAGGGCAAGGGUGAUGUGCUGUCUCUGGAGGAGAUCCUCGCGGAGGGGGCGGACGAGGCCGAGACCAGCUCGCUGGACACAGCCCGGUCGGGCAAGGCCAAGCUCAAAGCCCUGAGGGAGGCCAUGUAUCACAGCACAGAGCACGGACACGUGGACAUCACCAUAGACAUCCGCACCCUGGGAGUGCCCUGGUCACUACACACCUGGCUGGAGUCCUUGCAGACGUGUUUCCUGCAGAACCGACGUCCACUGAUCCAGGUGCUGCUGAAAGACUUCAGCUGCAUCGAGGAGGAAGGUUACAGAGAAGAGCUGGUCACCCAGGCCCUGCCACUCAUGUUCCAGAUCUGCAGAGGCAGCAAGAACGAGGUGAUCAGUCAGCAGCUCGCUGGGAUCUUCACGCAGUGCUACGGGCCAUACCCCAUCCCUAAGCUCACCGAGAUCAAGAGGAAGCCCAGCGCCAGGCUAGACCCUCACUUCCUGAACAAUAAGGAGAUGUCAGACGUGACAUUCCUGGUGGAGGCAAGACCGUUCUACGCUCAUAAAGUUCUGCUCUUUACUGCCUCCAGCAGGUUUAAGUCUCUGCUGUCAAACAGACCAGCAUCGGAGAACACUUGCAUUGAAAUCAGCAACGUGAAAUACAACGUGUUUCAGCUUGUGAUGCAGUAUCUGUACUGUGGUGGAACAGAUUCACUGUACAUCAGGAACACUGAGGUGAUGGAUCUGCUGUCUGCUGCCAAGUUCUUCCAGCUGGAGGCCCUGCAAAGGCACUGUGAGAUUAUCUGCUCGAAGAACAUCAACACGGAGUCCUGUGUGGAGAUCUACAACCAUGCCAGAUUCCUCGAGGCGUCUGAGCUGGUGACCUACAUCGAGGGCUACUUCCUGAAGAACAUGGUGUUACUGAUCGAGCUGGAGCCGUUCAAACAGCUGUUGUACGACACGCCAGCUGAGGUGGCGGGUCACGACCUCCUCCAGGACCUGGAACGGGCUCUGACCACCCGCAUCCAGUCCAUCCAUCUGUCCUCCGCCAAGGGAUCCAUCGUCUGAAGGCUCCGCAGCCGUGCUGAACCUCCUGAAGUGUUCGCUUUGCCCCGGCGCCAGACGAGCACUGGCUAAGUGCGCACUCCGUCCGUUAGUGUAGCAGUAUUUGAUAACCCUGCUUUAUCUAAGACAGCAGUGGAACUUGGCCCCCUCUGAAGAGAGGGAACACCCAUGCUGCUCUCUAGGAUGGACAAGUGAGAGAACGUGUGAGAGGUGAGAGGACGUGUGAGAGGUGAGAGGACGUGUGAGAGGUGAGAGGACGUGUAUCGUUGAGUUUUUGUUUUUGCUCAUUUCACAUUUCAGGGUAAACAAUGCUUCAGUACCAUCACAGCUGUAUUAGACACGGUGCGUGUGCUGUAUUAGACACGGUGCGUGUGCUGUAUCAGACGCAGUACGCAUGCUGUAUAAGACACGGUGCACGUGCUGUAUUAGACGCAGUACGCGUGCUGUAUUAGACGCAGUACGCGUGCUGUAUUAGACGCAGUACGCGUGCUGUAUUAGACGCAGUACGCGUGCUGUAUUAGACACGGUGCGCGUGCUGUAUUAGACGCAGUACGCAUGCUGUAUUAGACGCAGUACGCGUGCUGUAUUAGACGCAGUACGCGUGCUGUAUUAGACGCAGUACGCAUGCUGUAUUAGACGCAGUACGCGUGCUGUAUUAGACGCAGUACGCGUGCUGUAUUAGACGCAGUACGCGUGCUGUAUUAGACACGGUGCGCGUGCUGUAUUAGACGCAGUACGCAUGCUGUAUUAGACGCAGUACGCGUGCUGUAUUAGACGCAGUACGCGUGCUGUAUUAGACGCAGUACGCGUGCUGUAUUAGACACGGUGCGCGUGCUGUAUUAGACACAGUACGUGCACGGUUUUAGACGCAGUAUUAGACACGGUACAUGUGCUGUAUUAUGUUGGUUCCAGAAAACUGAACUGAAGCUACGUGAAGAAAUGUCCGUCGUCUUCGUGGUGUACGAGGGCAAUCAUUGCCUCGUACAGAUCACAUGGGACAGUGCUGUGCUCUCUCGCAUACCUUUCUUCAGAGUAAAUGACCUGAGCACCUGUCCGGAAAGUGUCAUGCCUCAUUCCACCCACCACAAACACAGGACACCACUUCUCUGUCCUGCUCCGGCAGGUCUGAAAAGGAUGCGAAGCCACCCACCAUAGUGCUUCCCAGCCACCUCUUGCAGACGUUGGACUGGCAUGCUUCGCUCAGCUGCUUGCGCUCCUUUUGACCCGUUCUGUCCGUAGCUCGUGAAACGGCAGCGGAUCCUUCAUCGGCAGUCAUAGUCGCAAGUCACGGUAGUCAGGUUAAUCGCACCCGCUCAUGUAAAUAUCCGCUGUAAAUCUCUCAUACGGAGACAGCUCUCUGUCUGUAAAUACAUGUAUAUAACACAGAUCAUCACUUGAGAACCCACUCAAAGUGUAUCUCCAAAUCAAAUAAACUCACAAAUGUGCAGAUGCAUGUAACCCUUUAUUUUCUUUUACUCAUCCCGGGCUCUUGUGUGUGGAGAACUAUAAUCGUGCUAAUAGUGCUGUUACCAGCCUGGCGUGAAAGACCUGUAGCUCUGAACAUAGCCAGUCCUGAGGAGACGGCUGACUCAGUAUGUGACAACCACGCCUUUUGAUGUGCUUUGUCUCUGAUCUUGGUGUUUGUGGAACUAUGUAGAAAUCCCUCUGUGACUAAAUUACUUUUCUUUGUAAAGAUCAAUGCAAAAAUGCUAUCCUUGAAAAUAAGUUAUGUCCUUGAAAAUAAACAUAUUUUAGUAUCUGA